GCCGCCAAUGGUAACGCGCCCGCGCCCACGCCCACGGCGGCCCUCGUCUUGCUCUGAGUCCCGCAUACGCCGGGUGAUCCUAUCAGAUGCCGGCCUCGCCGUCCCCGGCUCCUCCGCCGACGACGUCGCCCACGCCCUCCGCUUGCGGCACCGCGAGUACCAGCGCUACAAGUUCGAGCUAUUCGCCUCGGUGGUCCGCCGGGUCCUCUCCUCCCUGCCUCCUUCAGGCGAUGCAGGAUCCGACAGCACCUCCCGCCGCCGCCGCAGCAGCAGUCAUGACGCCUCAUCGUCCUCCACCAUCCACUCGCCUCCUCCCCCCGCCUAUGACGUCACGAAAUCACUGCUGCGCUCCAGCUACUCGUCCCAAAAAUCCAAACGAGUCCCCGACGCUAACCAGCAGCCCGAGAUGGAGGCCACCGCGGAGGAGGUUAUCAUGGCUGAUGCUGAAGGAUCAGGCCAUGACAGGGGGGGAGGGGUAAGGUUUGCUGACCUCGGGGGCAUGGAGUCGGUGAUAGAGCAGCUGAUGAUGGAGGUGGUGGUCCCUCUGUGCCAUCCGGAGCUGCCACUGUGGCUUGGGGUGCGGCCUGUGGCUGGGAUUCUGCUGCACGGACCGGCCGGCUGUGGGAAGACCACGCUUGCUCACGCAAUUGCCAACGAGACUGGCGUCCCGUUCUACAAAAUCUCGGCGCCCGAUGUCGUGUCCGGGGUCUCCGGAGGUUCCGAGGAAAACAUCAGAAUCUUGUUUGAGAAGGCCUACAGGACUGCUCCCUCAAUUGUAUUUAUAGAUGAGAUAGAUGCAAUUGCAUCCAAGCGGGAGAAUAUGCAGCGAGAAAUGGAACGGCGGAUAGUUACACAGCUAAUGACAUGCAUGGAUGAAUUCCACCAGACCAAUAUUCAGUCGGGUGCUGAUGACAUGGAUUCAGAAUCAUUCCAAAAGAAGCCUCGCCAUGUCAUUGUUAUAGGAGCUACCAAUAGGCCUGAUGCUGUUGACCAAGCGCUUCGAAGACCAGGAAGGUUUGAUCGGGAAAUAUAUCUUGAUGUUCCGGAUGAGAAUGCACGGAAGCAGAUACUGGAGAGGCUUGCUCACAAACUUCGACUGCCACCAGAAGGCCAGUUUGACCUGUUGAAGAUUGCAAAGGCUACGCCAGGAUUUGUGGGUGCCGACUUGAAGUUGUUGGUUGAUACAGCAGGAAAUCUAGCUAUAAAUAGAAUAGUUAGUGUAAGAAAAGACAAGUGUUUGAAGGAAAGAAACAACACGCAGGACUGGUGGAGGAGUCCUUGGGAUAAACACGAGAUGCAGAGCCUGAGUAUUACUAUGGAUGACUUUGAGGGAGCAAUCAAAGUGGUUCAGCCAUCAUUGAGAAGAGAAGGAUUAUCUUCUGUGCCUCAUGUCACAUGGGCUUCUGUUGGAGGUCUUGAUUCGUUAAAAAAGGAAUUGGACCGCUGCAUCGUUCGAUGUAUCAAGUAUCCCGAAUAUUACAAGAAAUUUGGAGUUAACAUGCAAGCUGGUGUCUUGCUGUUCGGACCCCCGGGCUGUGGGAAAACACUAAUAGCAAAAGCAGUUGCACACGACGCAGGGGCUAAUUUUAUUCACAUUAAGGGUCCUGAAUUAUUGAGCAAGUAUGUUGGGGAGAGUGAAUCAGGUGUAAGGAAGAUAUUCACCCGUGCCCGAAUCAACUCCCCGUGCAUUCUUUUUUUUGACGAGGUAGAUGCUUUGACAACAAAAAGAGGGAAGGAGGGAGGAUGGGUUGUUGAACGUCUCCUAAACCAGUUACUUAUUGAGCUUGAUGGUGCUGGUCAGCAUGAAGGUGUUUAUGUUAUUGGAGCUACAAAUAGAAUUGAUGUGAUAGAUGACGCUGUUCUACGGCCUGGUAGAUUUGGGCAGAAGCAUUUUGUACCUUUGCCUGGUGCUGAAGAGCGAGCUUCGAUAAUAAAAGCCCUAGCACAUUCUCAGAAAAAACCUAUAUCCUCCACUGUUGAUUUGGAUGCACUUGCACGUCGUGAGGAGUGCAGAAAUCUCUCUGGUGCUGACCUAGCAUCGCUGGUGAACGGAGCAGCCAUGGCAGCCCUGGAAGAGAGUUUGGAACCCCUGGAGAAUGGGGCAUUAUCAUUAAGCUCAUCAUGUCCAGAUCCUUCGAUUGAAUUAUCCCACUUUGAGCAAGCUCUAUCCAAAAUAAAGCCCUCGGUGUCGAAACAGAAAAGGAAACACUACGAGGCCUUGGCACAGAAAUACUCGUCAAACUGAUCUACCACGAUGUAUCUGCGAAUGUAUGAUGGCUAAAAUAGGGUUCCAUGUGUUAUCUUUGUAAAUCUGCCUGAUUAUCGUUGGCGGUCGAGCAUGCAGUUCCAUACCAGAGACGGAAAAUCAGCAUUUUGUUCUUAAAUUCUAAUUUGUAUUGUAUUUUAUAAAAAAAACGUGUAAAGAUGCUGGAUUGAAUAGACUAAAUAAAAUGUUGAAAUGUAGGUGGUGCAUGCCUUUUCUGCCAUAAAA